CGCUCUCCAUCCGCGCGUGAGUUCCCUUCUGCUCUCUCACCUCUCCAAAACGUGAACGACUUGUACAAAUUCCUCUCUCUCCCUCUUUGAACCAACUAACAAGGAAGAAUUUCCUGUUUGGAUUCAUGCUCUUUCGGAGCAAAUUUCUUAGCUUUGCUCCGCGAAAACCCUUGAUUCGUCAUCAUUCGCUUCAGAAAAGGGCCAUUCAGCUUAGGGUUUAGCUUUUGUGAAUGGAUUUAGAAGAAAAGUUCCUUGCUAAAGUUUCUGGUCUUCAAAGCCUUUCUUCCAGUGUGCAAAGCACGCCGGAGAAAAAUGGCCAUUCAGAUGAUGCCUCAAGAAGUCCAGAACUCCUGCAAGAGUUCCUAAAAUCUGGUCCGAAAAAGGAACUUCUUCGGACAUGCUUUGACAAAGACAAAAAGAAUAUUUCAUCAAAAAGCAGGGUGACUGAAAGUAAGUCAAGUAAGAUAAUCAAGAAACAGGACUCAAAAAAGGUUUCUAGCGGUAACCAGUCCUCUAAAAAGCAGCAUAGAAAGGGAGAAAAUCCCACGAGACUCCUGCCAACGCCUGACCAGUCUUCGGAUUUUGGGCAUACAAACUCCUGGAUCUGUAAAAAUUCUGCUUGUAGAGCUGUUCUUUCUACAGAUGACACAUUUUGUAGAAGGUGCUCUUGCUGUAUCUGUCACCUUUUUGAUGAUAACAAGGAUCCUAGUCUUUGGUUGGUCUGCACGUCUGAAUCUACUAAGGGUGAUUCCUGUGGGUUAUCUUGCCAUAUUGAGUGUGCGAUUCAACAUGAAAAAGUCGGAGUUGUUGAUCAUGGGCAAUUGAUGCAACUAGAUGGUGGCUAUUGUUGUGCAACUUGUGGUAAAGUUACAGGGAUACUUGGGUGUUGGAAAAAGCAGCUAAGUAUAGCAAAAGAUGCUCGACGUGUAGAUGUGCUCUGUUAUAGAAUAUAUUUGAGCUACAGGCUUCUAGAUGGGACUUCGAGGUUUAAAGAACUGCAUGAGAUUGUGCAAGAGGCGAAGGCUAAACUGGAAACAGAAGUGGGUCCAGUUAAUGGUGUUUCUGCCAAGAUGGCACGGGGCAUUGUCAGCAGACUCUCUAUUGCCAGUGAUGUGCAGAAAUUGUGCUCCCUUGCUGUUGAGAAAGCUGACGAGUGGCUGGCCUCUGUUUCGAAUGUAAAUCCAGACUCCAGAGAGGGUUCACUCCCUGCUGCCUGCAAGUUUGUUUUUGAAGAAGUGACAGCUUCUGCGGUCAAAAUCAUUUUGAUUGAAAUGUCUAAUUCAUCUUCCGAGGACAUCAAAGGUUUCAAGCUCUGGUAUUACAAGAGUGGGGAGGAAUUGCACACUAAGGAUCCUGUUUGUGUUUUCCCGAAAUCUCAGAGGAGGAUUCUGAUAUCAAAUCUCCAACCUUGCACAGAAUAUACAUUUCGGAUUGUCUCUUACACAGAUACAUGUGAUCGGGGUCAUUCUGAGGCCAAAUGUUUCACUAAGAGCAUUGAAAUAAUUAGAAAAAAUCCUUCUUCGUUAGCUUCUUUGAAUCAUAAUAAAGAGAACCAUAAAACUGGAGGCACUUCUUCUGACCCCAAAAGGGAGCCCAAUCCUUCAAUGGCAGACUCUGGAUUUAAGGUUCGAGACCUUGGGAAAGUGCUGCGCCUUGCUUGGGCUCAAGAACAAGGUUGUUUUGAGGGAUUUUGCUGUGCUGAUGUGAAAAAUUGCUGUGGAGGAAGUGAAAUGGUUGGGCCAAAAUAUUCAGAAGAGACAUUGCCUAAAGUGUCAAGAGGCCUUGAUUUAAAUGUUGUCUCAGUUCCUGAUUUAAAUGAAGAAUUAACACCACCUUUUGAGUCUUCUAGGGAUGAAGAUAACGGUUGCACUUUGCAGCAGGCUAUUGGGGCUGAUGACGAUGCUGCUUCUCACGACAUUGAGAAGAUUGGCUUAGCAAGAUCCCAUGGAAGUGGUGACUCACAGACAUGGGCCCACAGGCCCACCGGAGAAGUGCCGGCUGUUGACUCUCGUGUGGAUGCUGCAUGCAGGAAAAGAGUAGCAAGCACAAAUGAAGAGACUCAUGAUUGUGACAGCACUUUGAUAAAUGGAUCUCCUUUACGCAUUUCUGAAGGAUCUUGUUCCCUGGAUGAGAACUUUGAGUAUUGCGUGAAAGUGAUUCGCUGGCUAGAAUGUGAGGGCCACAUUAAGCAGGAAUUUCGGUUGAAAUUGCUAACAUGGUUUAGUUUGAGGUCAACAGAGCAAGAACGUAGGGUGGUCAAUACCUAUAUUCAAACUUUGAUUGACGACCCAGGUAGUUUGGCUGGACAGCUGGUUGACUCUUUUUCUGAUAUUAUAUCUAACAAGAGGCCAAGAAAUGGAUUCUGUGGUAAGCUUUGGCAUUAAAUUAUGAGCGUAGAAUCUUGUUCAUUAUACAAGAUUGCUAUUUACCUCCAAGCCUGCCAUUUUACAGCCAGAAACCCAGAAGUCUCCCUCUGAUUGUUUCUGCCUACGAUGUACAGGCAUUUUUUUUUUUAAAUUAAUCACCAGCAAAGUGAUUCAUUUUAAUUGCAGACAGUUUGUCUGGCCAAAUGGAUAUGCAUUGAUGAUUACAGAGACAGCAACUCAUUUUUAGUGAGAGGGAGAGCCCCUGGAUGUGAAAUUUCUGAAGAUAUUUCACUCUUUCCAAGUUACUGCAAUUAUUGUCAGCUAUGAAUUUAGUCAUUGAAGAUUUUAGCAUUUAUGUUACUUUCAUUUGAAGUCAGAUCAAAUUAUCUCUGAUUUUAUGCA